UAUGAAUAUAAGUGAAUGCUUGUUAUUCACUUGCAUCAUUCUGUUCCUCAGAACACCUAGAGCAAAGACGAGAGUAUUGCAGUGCAUUUGAGUGAACGUAAAAUGACUGGAACUCUAGCCGCCAUAUUGGUGGUAGCCUGUGUUAUGGCCACUAUCAUACAGGAAGCCGAGGCAGCCUGUUGUCGUAAAGAUAGAGGAUGGUAUUGCGCAGACUGCACGAAGGCGACUCCAUAUUGCGGAUAUGGGAGUUGCAAUAUUUUUGGCUGCGCUUGCAAAGACGGUUGUCGCAAGAGCUGCAAUCCCACAUACCAGUAUGAACGGUUUCUCCUUGAUCCGGUCGGAUGUAAGUGUUCGAAGAAACGCUCAAUGUCGGAUGGAAGCGGUGGCGUUAUUGAUCUUAUGGACGCAGUCAGUGAUUUUGACACAGACAGAGGUGAUUACAUGCGUAAUUGAUUUUGGAGAAUUUGACCUGGAUCUGAAAAAAGCAAUUGAAUGACAGUAGUCACAGCAUUUAGAUGAAAUCUGGCUAUAGCUUGCUCGUACAACACAUCUUAUUUUCAGCUUUAAAUUAAAAAAAAUUAAUUGGUUAAUCUUGUCACUGAAUUUUGAUUGUUGAAUAGCUGCUUUUCGUUCUCUUUUGCUCAUUUCUGUAAAACUAUUUCUUUACGCAAUAAAGCGCUAG